AUGUUGUUCCCUGCACUAGACAGGAAGUCGUCAUCAUCGUCUGCAGUUAGUUCAGAAUCAGAUCAGCACCAAAAAGCAUCUGAAGCUUCAGCCUCUGUAGCUGAGAUCAGCCUUGGUGAAGUGAUCUUUGAAUGUGCUGCUGAGUUGAAUGACUCUGAUGCCUCUGUUGAGAGCGGUGGUAAGUAUAGUACAUACAGCUUUUCAGGGGUUUGUUCUGUAGGUGCAGAAGAAGAAAUCCUGAGCGAUGAAGAAAGCCCAGAGGAUCCAACCACCAGCGUUCAUUUCUUCAACAACCUGAACCAUGAAGAGAGUUUUGAUUGUUGCUACACUGUGGGAGAGCUGCUGGGAGAAGGAGGCUGUGGUGCGGUUUAUGCUGGUGUUUGUAAUGCAGAUGGGAAACAGGUUGCUGUGAAAUAUGUGCUGAAGGACCCCCGCGACAGAUUCAUCACUAUUCCUGGAGAGACGUACCCACUUCCUGUGGAGGUGGCGUUAAUGAAGAUGGUAUCCAAGCCACCUCACUGUAAUUCUGUGCUGAAACUACUGGAUUGGUUUGACACCCCCGAGCACUACAUCCUAAUCCUGGAGCGACCCAUAAAGAAAACAGCGUACACCUCAUUUUCAGGCACUAAGUCAUACGCUCCACCUGAGUGGAUAGUUGAGAAGGAAAUGUAUGGCUGCCCUGCUACUGUGUGGAGUCUGGGCGUACUCCUGCACACCAUAGUUUGUGGAGAGAUGCCGUUCGGGGAUGAAGUGGAGAUUGUUGAUGGGGGCCUGGACUUUUUACCUGAACUUUCUGAUACUUGCUACCAUCUGAUAAGUAGGUGUCUGGAGAAACAGCCUGAAAAACGUCUCAGCCUUAAAGAAAUCCUUCAGCAUGAGUGGUUUACAGAGAACAGUAUGAGGUUAGGGCAUCUGCGUGGAUGAAGAUUAUAGAAAGAAGACUGUGUGUGUGUGUGUGUGUGU